CCUUUUUUCGUGUUGUUGUCGUGUCGUGUCUCACCCCGCUUCACCUCAGCUACCGCACCUCGUUUUGUUCCUCCUUCUCUUUCUAAUCUCAUAUCUUUUCCCUUAAUCUUCAUCUACCCUUCUCCCUCUCACAUCCUGCUGCGAUGUCGAGCAUCCUCGAGCAUCCCCCCCUCCGCGCCGUCGACGAGUUUUUGCCGUCCGGCCCUGCCCUUCUCCCGCAAUCUGCAACCAACGCCAUCGCCGCUGCAGUGGCAUCCAGCGCCCCCGCAGUGCCCGUCCGCCCGACGUGUGUCAACUGCGGCACGCUUGAAACGCCCUUAUGGCGCCGCACACCCGAGGGCAGUCCGAUAUGCAAUGCAUGCGGCCUCUACCAAAAGUCACGCGGUGCUCCACGUCCCGCACCAGCGCACGCCAACUCUGCCAACGCAGCACCCGCGGUUCCCUCCGUGCCUCUCACUCCUGCACCUGUCGCAGGACACGGCGGAACCUGCCCCGGCGACGGCCGGUGCGAUGGCACGGGCGGAUCGUCUGCCUGCAGCGGUUGCCCGACGUGGAACAAUGCCCUUGGCGGGACGAACGGAUCCGAAGACAAGUCCGAGCCCACCGACGCGACACUGAGGAAUAUCUUGAACCCGACGCCUCCGCCGUCGACACCCGUGCAGGAGGUCCAGAUCUUGAGUGCCACUCAUCCGGAUGCGAUUGGCGGCCAAACCUCACCCACCCCGUCAACGCCGAAGAUCAACGCGUUGGCAUGUGGCAACUGUGGGACGAGCACAACGCCUUUGUGGCGGAGGGACGAUGUGGGGAACAAUAUAUGUAACGCAUGUGGGCUGUACUUCAAGUUGCACGGAACGCACAGACCCACCUCAAUGAAGAAGACUGUUAUCAAAAGACGGAAGCGCGUUCCUGCGGCUGGAGCAGGUGAAACGAGCCCUGGCGGAAACGCCAUGUCUGACCAAGCAGCUGCCGAAGCACUCGUCGCUGUCGGCCGGUCGCGACCAUCGCCCCACCCACAUCCGACGGAUGACGAAACGGACGCGGACGCACCGAAGCGCAAACGUGCGCGGCGCAAGACGACGACGACGGGAACUGUCUCGACGGACGACGAGGCCCGUGGCAAGGAUCGGGCCAAGUGGUUCCCGAACGUCGAGCUGCCUUAUACACCGUACGCGUCUGCUUAUGGCAGCGGCGAUGGGAACGGCAGCGUCCCUCCAAGUCGGGGCGGAGCCGGGUCACCGGUGAACGGAACCUACCACCGCCCGCCGCCAGUGCCGACGCUGGACGAGCUGGAGCGCCACUACUUCAACCUGCACGAGCAGCGCCGGCAAAUGGAGAGCAUCCUGCGGGAGACCGAUCGGAUGAUGACCGGCCUCAAGCGGGGAUUGGACGAGAUGCGUGCCGGUGUGAUCAGCGCGUCGGAGGGUGCCGUCGACGUCGUCCCCCUGCGCGGCAGGAGUCGCGAGAGCUCAGCCAAUGCGGGGGCCAGUGUGUGGCCAGUCACGCCUGCUGCUGCCAUUGAAUCGCAUCCUGAUCGACUUGGGAAGGCGCGCUACGAGCAUCUGCUAACCACAAAUGACACGCCCGAAGAGGAUGAAAUCUCACGGGCCCGGGCGGCUAUCGGGUACCAUCGGACCAGACUAAACAGCCUCGAAGAGCGUAUCACUGCGCUCCGAGCCGAAAUGGAACCGCUGGAGACCGAGCGAACAGCAGUGGAGACCGCGCUGCGCCAAAACAUCGGACUCGUAUGUCCCCUGCGACGCCUUCCGACGGAAACUCUGCUCGAGAUAUUCGCGUGGACGCUCCCAUCCGUGACGUACCCGCUCAACGGGCGCCUGUCGUUCAACGUCGCCGACAGCCCGUGGGUGCUCGGCCACGUGUGCCGCCGGUGGCGCAUCGCAUCGAUCUCGAGCCCGGCGCUGUGGUCGCUGUUCGCGUUCGACUACCGCGGGUUCAUUAGCAACGAGGUGCUCCCGCGGCCGGCGGGAGAUCCGAUUUCGUACUACUCCGGCCCGAUGGUUGCGUUGCAGCUGCAGCGCGCGCAGCAGAUCCAGGUGCAUUUCUAUGGCUCGGAGGAUCUGGACCCGGCUCCGCAGGUCGCGAUGUUCGCCUUCCUCGCUCAGCAUGUCGGGCGGUGGGAGGAGCUGAGCAUCGGGCUCACGGCGGCGCUGUUUCCGUAUUUGGCUGCUCUGCAGGGCCGAUUCCCGGCGCUGCAACGGCUGUGGGUGGACUGGGACACGGGUUCCAGCCAGGAGGGUGUCACGUCGCUGCACAGUUUCGCCGAGGCGCCUGUCUUGCGGGAUGCGGGAUUCUACAACGAGUUUCGAAUGAUUCUGAUGUCGUUUCCGACGCGGAACCUGACGCGGUAUCGGAUGGACGCACCUUGGUCGACACACAGAGAUAUCCUGAUCACGGCAAAAAACCUGCGAGAAGCCUACGUCGAGAUCUCGUUCGACAACCCCUUGGUUCUGAUUGAUGACAGCGACAAAGACGUGAUUCAAGUUUCGUUGCUGGAGCGAUUGUGCAUCGGCCACCCGGGGAUUCUGAAUUUUCUCAGAGCUCCCCUGCUCUAUGGCCUGGCUUUUUUCUUCGAGUGCUACGACUGGGUUGAUGCAGAUAUCUGCGUAGAUGCCUUCGUGAAACGCUCUGCAUGCACACUCAAGCAUCUGUCUCUGAAAGGCGUCCCCGAAGUGCCUAUUUUCAUGCGCAUCCUGUCCAGACAUCCGUCCGUCACCGAAAUUGCUAUUUCAUUCUUCGAUCUCGAUUUCGGAGAUGCAGAGAUCUGCGACACCUUGAUAGCAGAGCUCAGUGCCAACGUCUCGCCCCAGCUUUCUCGGAUAUCCUUUGGCUACGCAGACGCUGAAUUUUCGAAUCCGCGGCUCUUUCUGAUGAUGUUGAGAUCACGCUUCGGUGUCACCGAACUGCGGGCGGCGGGUUUACUGGCCUAUGGGUCGCUGAAUAUGACUCCUGACGACCAGGCUGGUUUUCGGGUGCUCAUGGAAGCUGGAUUGGAGUUUUUGACUGUGGAGGGACAGCAAGCGAGUGAUAUUAUGGCUGCGUGGAUGUAUAUAGAGCAGUGGAACUGA